AUAAGUCAUGAUGAAUCGUGCAAAGAGAAGACGUAUUGAGAAAGAUCACCAAGUCUCUGCAGAUGAUGUUGAGGAGAAAAUGGAUUUCAUCAAUUCUCUUAAUAAUGAUUCAUUAGCACGAAUAUUCAUGAUGCUGCCUAUAUCUGAGAGGAUAACUAUGAAUCAAGUUUGUUCCAAAUGGAAAGAGGCCUGUCAACUAGCUUGGCAUGACAUUAAAAAAUACAAAUGUACCAAUACAAUUGUUCGUAAUCAUGAAAAAUGUAUUUUAACACAAUCAUACGUAGAAAAAAUAUUGGUCAAUUGUGGUAUUUACUUGAAAGAAUUGAUUCUUUCAAAAGUUUGUGAUUCAAGUAUCAUGCCAAUAAUUGCUAAACACUGCAAAAAUUUAACAACACUUGAAUUUGUAAUUUACAUAUAUAAAGAAGAACGUUAUACUGAUCGCUUUCGUAAAGCAUUUAAACAGUUGAAACAAUUGAAAGCCAUUAAAAUACAUAUAUAUGGAUAUAACUUUAAAUUUCAAAUGCUGAACAGUCUUCCAAAAGAUAUAAAUGAAAUUCAUUUAUUUUUUAUACCUUAUGUAUCGCAAGAAUCGUUGGGUCUAGACCCAAAGGAAUGUUCUUUGGUAAUAUCUUCCUAUUUAUUCUACUCAGUAAAGGUAUCACGUUUCUCUUUAAAAAAAUUUACCAAUCUUCAAAAGUUGACAAUGCAUUCUUGCACUAUCAACAAUAUUAUUCAAGAAAUAUCACAAAAAACAACACUUGUUUAUCUCGAUCUCCAAGAGUGUAAGACGACAAAAAAGAUAUUUACAUUCAAUCAACUUUCAAACUUGGAACAUCUCAACAUUAAAGGAGUGUCCUUCGAGGAUAGUCCAUGGCAAAAUAUUCCAAACCCAAUCAGUGGUAUUUUCAAUACAUGCAAAAAGCUAAAACAUCUUAAGGCACCAGAUUUUGAUGUUGAUCUGGCUGAAAUUAAAAUGGAAAACUGGGCAAACUUGCAAAACUUGGCAUAUCUAAAUAUUCGUUGGCAAGCAAGUGAUGCAAUAAUUAAAAACAUCAUCAAGUAUUGCAAUAAUUUAGAAUUCAUAAAUAUUGAUGAUAAAGAAGUAAUGGUUGCAAUUUUAGAUAAUUGUAAAAAACUCAAACAUCUGGUAAUUCACGAGAAUGAUAGAGUGGAGACAUCAAUUUUUAAUGAUUUAUCAAAAGUGCAGUAUAUUGAGAAUUUAAAUUUAGCACAUUCUGGCAAACUUAAAAAUAGUGCUAUUAUUGCUAUUGCUAAAAAUUGUAAGCUCUUAAAAUGUUUGAAUAUUCAAAAUUGUUCCAUCACUCCAACUGGUUAUAUUGCUUUAACGAGUUUAGAAAAUUUGAAAGAACUCAAUAUUGAAUCAAAUAAAAAUGUUAAAGAAGAUUUUAUUGUCAAAUUGAGAGGAAUAAAAAGUUUAAAUUGUUCUAAAUGCAAAAAACUUACUGAUGCUGGUGUCAUUCAAUUUAUAAAAAAUAAUCCAGAUCUUGAAUUUCUUGAUAUCAGCGAUAUCCCGAAAGUUACAAUUGACACGAUUAUUGCUGCAGAGGAGGUAUCUAAAAAUCGUACAAAUGAUACUUUUUUAUCCAUAAAAACUUAUGAUCAUUAUCUUUCAAGAGCCUGCAUUGAAUCUCAAUGGUUAGUUUAA